GGGCUAAUUAGCAGUCUCGGCGUGUGGCUGCGAGCGGCGGCGGCGGCGGCGGCGGCGAGGACCGUACAAAAGGGGGCUGCGGCAUCCGCGCCCCCCCCUUGCAUCCGCUUCCCCGGGACUUCUGCCCCCAGCUGGCCUUCCUCCGGACCAGCGAUUGCUCAGAAAUGAUUGUCGUAUAAGAAGUCAAUCAUGGCAAACAGGAAAUGUCAGAGCGGGACAGCCGGCGUGUUGGACCACCGGGCGAGAGUUUGUCCGGCCUCGGUGCUCGGGAGGGACGGCGAAAACGAGGAGAACUGUCCACCCGUGGAGGAGUACGUGGAGAACGAGGCCGAGGCGGUGCCCGUCGGGCAAGGCAGCCCCAUACCGGCGGAACACGAGGGCAACGAUAACAGCGCCGACGGGGACUCCAGCUCGGACUACAUCAACAACACUUCCGAAGAGGAAGACUACGACGAAGGCCUCCCGGAAGAAGAAGAGGGCAUCACUUACUACAUCCGAUACUGCCCCGAGGAUGACAGUUACCUGGAAGGCAUGGACUGCAACGGAGAAGAGUACAUUCCUCACGAGGAGCAUCCAGUGGAGACCGACGAGUGUCAGGAAGCCAUCGAGGAAGAGGAAUGGGCGAAGGCGAAAAUUCAGCACCAAGACGAAAGCGAAGCCGCGGAAGAGGUGGCGUACCACGACAGCUGCGUCCAACUCCUGAAGGGCGAGGUGGCGUCGCUGGAGAUCCAAGACCAGGACGAGGAUCUCCAGUAUUGCCACCCGGGUGACGAAACGUACCCGGGCUAUUACUCGCCAGAAGCCAACGGGAACGCCCACGGGAUGUCCCCUUAUCAUGCCAGGAAGGAAGAGGUGGAGUUGGAGGAGCAGGAAGAAGACAUCGACCAGAUCGUGGCCGAAAUCAAAAUGAGCAUGAGUAUGAGCAGCAUCAACAGCACGCUGGAAAUGAGCCCAGAGCAUGCUGGGAACGAGAGCGUGCCAAAUGACUAUGCAGAGACUUGUCAGAAAGGAGACUCCGGGCAUGGCACCAACAGGCACCAAGGGAGGCCCAAGUCCUUGAAUAUCCCCCCGGCCUCAAAGCAAGCCGGAGACGGGCCCCGAGGCUUCAAGACCAAGUCGAGGACUCCCGAGGAGAGGCAAGCGUGGCCUCAGGAACAGGUGUGCAAUGGCUUGGACCAGCCGAGGAAACAGCAGCGCUCCGAUCUCAACGGACCCCUCGACAACAAUAAUAUGUCAGAGACCAAGAAAGUGUCGUCCUUCCCAAGUUUCGUCGACGUUCCCGGCCCUUGCGAACCCGAAGACCUCAUCGAUGGCAUCAUCUUCGCAGCCAAUUACCUGGGCUCCACGCAGCUGCUCUCGGAACGUAACCCAUCCAAAAACAUCCGCAUGAUGCAAGCGCAGGAAGCCGUGAGCCGCGUCAAGAGGAUGCAAAAGGCAGCUAAAAUCAAGAAAAAAGCGAGCUCCGAGGGGGAUUCCCAGGCACUGACGGAAGUUGACCUCUUCAUCUCCACCCAGAGGAUCAAAGUCCUGAAUGCUGACUCGCAGGAGACCAUGAUGGACCACGCGCUGCGCACCAUCUCCUACAUCGCCGACAUCGGCAACAUCGUCGUGUUGAUGGCGAGGCGGCGAAUGCCCCGCUCGGCUUCUCAGGACUGCAUCGAGACCACCCCGGGAGCCCAAGAAGGGAAGAAGCAAUACAAGAUGAUAUGCCACGUCUUCGAAUCGGAGGACGCUCAGCUGAUCGCCCAGUCCAUCGGCCAGGCCUUCAGCGUGGCCUACCAGGAGUUCCUCCGAGCCAACGGGAUCAACCCGGAGGACCUGAGCCAGAAGGAAUACAGCGACAUCAUCAACACCCAGGAGAUGUAUAACGACGACCUGAUCCAUUUCUCCAACUCGGAGAACUGCAAAGAGCUGCAACUCGCGAAACAGAAGGGCGAGAUCCUCGGUGUGGUCAUCGUGGAGUCCGGCUGGGGGUCCAUUUUACCCACCGUCAUCCUGGCCAACAUGAUGAACGGGGGCCCGGCAGCUCGCUCAGGGAAACUCAGUAUUGGAGACCAGAUUAUGUCCAUCAAUGGGACCAGCCUGGUUGGACUUCCUUUGGCUACGUGUCAAGGAAUCAUCAAGGGUCUCAAGAACCAGACGCAAGUGAAGCUGAACAUCGUCAGUUGCCCGCCGGUCACGACCGUCCUGAUCAAGCGACCCGAUUUGAAAUACCAGCUGGGCUUCAGCGUACAGAAUGGAAUUAUUUGCAGCCUCAUGCGUGGCGGCAUUGCGGAGCGAGGGGGGGUCCGCGUCGGCCACCGCAUUAUCGAGAUCAACGGUCAAAGCGUCGUGGCCACCGCUCACGAGAAGAUUGUCCAGGCUUUGUCCAACUCGGUGGGAGAGAUUCACAUGAAAACAAUGCCUGCCGCCAUGUUCCGGCUGCUCACGGGCCAAGAGACCCCGCUCUAUAUCUGAUGCAAGGCUGACCUCUCGCGCGCAGAACUGAAGGCGCCUUUUGGAGGAAGCGGGUUCGAAUCGGCUCCUUCGCGCUCUGGCAGCGUACUCCCGUACGUUUCUCUGGUUUAUUACAGUUCUGUUGCCAAACGGUGAAGCCAUUCCCACAGACGAUAAGCCACUAUGUCAAAGGCAUUUUGCCGCCACCAACCGCCCUUCGUCAUUGACGCUUCCAGACAUAGGACGCAACGCCCCAUGAACGUCUCCAGGGUCCGAUACGCGACCGAGAUCCAUUCUCCCACGGAUUGUAGAACUAGUUAUCUGUCCCAGCGAGAGGAAGCGAAUGCCGGCUUUCCUCGGGGUUGGGGGCGGGGAGGGGGGGUGACAUUGAAUGUAUGCAAUUCCAAACGGGCGGGGGGUGACGGUUUGAUCUUCGUAGAAAGGGGGGGAAGGUCCUGUUGUAAGUGGUAUCCUUUCUUGACCAGUGUAACGUGUUUAUAUGAGAUGUGACUGUACUGUGGAAAAAAAAGGGAAAUUGGGUACAAACGGGCAAAAAAGAAACUUUGCGACGACGUGCCACAUUCUGACUACUGAAUGCCCUGCUGAGAGGCGGCGUGUUAAAUCUCUAGAUGACUUUUGGUCUCCUUGCUACGAGUCCACAACACCUCCGUUCACUACGGGCGGUCCGCAGGUCAGAGGUUGAGGUGUUUCCGCAGACGGCGUUUGGUGGCCACUGUCGAAAUCGUCCCGCUGAUGAAAGGGACGCUGCGCUCGUAGCAAGAUGAAAAGAGAGGCUGCGGUACCUGUUGGCGUUUUGCUGUCUGAUGUUCCCUCUGUGAGACCUCGACCUCAAAAAAAAUGAAGAAAGCUACCCCGACGUGAUGGAAGACCUUGCUGAGCACUAACAAAAAUCCUUAGGGGAACAUUAAUUCCAUAGCUCUAUAAGCCAUGACAUUGCCAGUCACUCUAGGAGGAAUUCAAUGCUGAACCACCAAUAAAUGUGGAGUAAUAAAGCAA